GUGAGAAACUUCAUUUGCUUAAAGAAAACAUAAAUAAUCUGGGAACUCAAGUUUGUAAAAUCAAAAAUUUUUAUAAAGCAAUUUGUGGUACACAUCAAGCAAUUGAACACAAAGGACAGGAAAAACUUGAAAAAAGGUGA